AUGGCAAGUUCUCAAAGUCAGUUUUUUGUAAUGAGGUUUACACAGCUCUUCGCCGUUGCCGGCACAGCAUGCCUUGCUCUUGCUGCACCCGACCCAAAGUUCAAAACCAAGAGAACCUCGGCCUUUCAAUGGUUUGGCUCCAAUGAGUCCGGCGCAGAGUUUGGAAGCGGCAAUAUUCCUGGUGUGCUGGGCACAGAUUACAUCUGGCCCAACACGACUGCCAUUGGCAUCUUGAGGGCAGCAGGAAUGAAUAUCUUCCGUGUGCCAUUUCUCAUGGAACGUCUCGUCCCCAACAACUUGACCGGGACUCCUGAUGCGACGUACAUGGCUGAUCUGGUCUCGACCAUCAACUAUAUCACCUCCACUGGUGCCCACGCCAUCGUCGACCCGCAUAACUUUGGACGAUACUACGGCAACAUAAUCACCUCAACCAGCGACUUUGCCGCCUUCUGGACCACCGUCGCCGCGCAAUUCAAGGACAAUGACCUCGUCAUCUUCGACACCAACAACGAGUUCAACACAGAAGACCAAACCACCGUCUUGGAUCUCAACCAGGCCGCCAUCAACGCCAUCCGCGCCGCAGGCGCCACUUCCCAGUACAUCUUCGUCGAAGGCAAUUCCUGGUCCGGCGCAUGGACCUGGGAAUCCGUCAACGACAACCUGAAGGACCUCACCGACCCCGUCGCCGGCAAGCUCAUCUACGAGAUGCACCAGUACCUCGACAGCGAUGGCUCAGGCACCUCCGACACAUGCGUCUCCUCGACAAUCGGGCAAGAACGGAUCGCGUCCGCGACGUCCUGGCUGCUCAGUAACAGCAAGAAAGCAUUUCUGGGCGAGUUCGCGGGGGGCGCGAAUAGCGUUUGCCAGAGUGCCGUGACCGGCAUGCUGGACUACAUGGAGGCGAAUGCGGAUGUCUGGCUCGGGGCGGAGUGGUGGGCUGCUGGGCCCUGGUGGGGGGAUUAUAUCUACAGCAUGGAGCCGACGACGGGGCCGGCGUAUGCGUAUUACCUGUCGGUUCUGGAGUCUUAUUUCCCCGGUGGGAGUUAUACGGCGACGUCGACGGGGACGACUGCGACUGCUACGGCUACGGGCACGGGCUCCACGACGACGACCACCACGGCGACUGCCGUUGCGCAGCACUGGGGACAGUGUGGAGGUCAAGGCUGGACGGGGCCAACGACCUGUGUGUCGCCGUAUACGUGCCAGGUGCAGAACGCCUAUUAUUCGCAGUGUCUGUAG